AUGUCGCUUUCACGUAUCGACUCAGCCACUGCUGCUGAGAAAAGGUCAUGGCCUCCAGUUAACGUGGAGCCAGAGCCCUAUCAGGGCAUUCCUCGGAACAUCGAGUCCAUCAAAAACCUCCAGUGGGAUGAUAGUCUUCAACCUGAAAAGUACGAGAUCCAUGGGACACACCCCGAGUCAAAGAUUCUAUUCCUUGACGUGAACAUUCUGGAUUCAACCGGCAAAAAGCCCUAUCGAGGAGAUGUUUUGAUCAAGGGGGAGAGGUUUGUAGCAGUUGGUGAAGUACCAAGAGUAGAAGAGCUCAAGACACAGGUCGGCGUCAGAGUCUUCCACGGAAAAGGUCGUACACUAAUGUCAGGGUUGGGAGACUCUCAUACACACUUUAGCUGGAAUGGCGGUGACCUUGCCCAAUUAGGAACGCUGGGCGUUGAAGAACACACUCUCCUGACCAUGCGAAGUGCACAGUGUUUCCUCGACUCUGGAUACACAAUGUGCUUUGGCGCUGCGUCAGCAAAAGAGAGGCUGGAUGUUGUGAUCAGAAAUGCCAUCAAUGCUGGAGACAUACCCGGUCCUCGCUACUUGGCCAACGGAAAGGAAAUGGCGCGCCGAGGAGGGGAGCUUGUUGAAGGCACCACAGCUUUUGCGGAUGGACCGGAUGAGAUGCGCAAGGUAAUCAAGCACCAUGUGGAUCUUGGUGUUGAUAACAUCAAACUGAGCAUGAGUGGUGAAGAAACGCGGUCGGCACAGGACUGCUAUUUUACUGACGAGGAGACGCAAGCAUGCGCCGACGAAGCUCACAAGCAUGGCAAGCGUUUGUGCUCGCACGCUCGUGCCCGCGACUCAGUCAUCAUGUCCGUUCGACACGGCAUCGAGGCAAUUUACCAUGCCUCUUAUAUCGAUGACAGAGGCAUGGACAUGCUCGAAGAGGCUAAAACAAAGCACAUUGUAGCUCCCGCAAUCAACUGGCUGGUCUGUACGCUGAACGAAGCAGAGGCGUUUGGAUAUCCAAAGGCAGCCGCAGAAAAAGCUGGCUACAAAAGAGAGCUUGAUAUCGCUAUCGCCGGACUGCGGGAAAUGCAUCGCAGAGGUAUCGUCGUUUUGCCUGGCGGUGACUACGGCUUUGCGUGGACACCACAUGGGACCUACGCACGCGAUCUCGAGCAUUUUGUAAAGCUUCUUGGUUUUACCGAGCAUGAAGCUAUCAUCGCCGCGACUGCUGGUAUCGCAGCUCUAUUCAUGCAGUCAGGUGAACUUGGCAAGGUUCUACCUGGCUAUUACGCCGACUGUAUCCUAGUCGAUGGAGAUCCCCUUGAAGAUAUCAGAGUGCUGCAGGACCACGAUAAGCUGAAUAUAAUAUGUAUCAACGGAAGGGUGCAUAAGGCCGGUCGAAGGGAAUACGUACAACCUCCUAUUGCAGGGCAAGACAACAAUUUGCACGCUAUCGUGCCAGAUGAAGAAUUUCCAACAGUAAAGAGGAAGAUGCAGAUUGACUCACAGAUUCACUAA